AUGGGCAAGGCAAGAGAGGUAACGCUGCAUAGCAAGAGGGAUUUCUCUUCGCCCGCUUGGAGUCGAAACUAUAGCGGGGACCGUCUGCCCUCAGCCGUUCAAGCCGGGCAAACAAGUAAGAGAAGGGCAAGAGAGCAGCUCUGGGUCGGAAGCGUUUCGCUUGUAUGGGCGGGCCGCGGCAAAGGCUCAAGUCACUCUGUUUCCCAGUCCAGAAACGGCUCGUUAGACAGCUCGCGUGGACCUAGCACCACCGAUGCCAACGAUAUCUGGCGUCCCUGGAUCAGAUAUGAGCUCCGGGCUCCUGAUGCUGCCCCAUCAUCUUCCUUUCCGUUUGUGG